AUGAGUGGCUUCAGCAACGACCUGAGUGAUGAGCAAACCAAUGCGUUAGCCAUUAUGAGAGAACAUUUGUCAGAUGUCUCAUCAAAUCCACUCCUCGAUGAUGACUAUUUGCUCAGAUUCCUAAGAGCUCGCGAUUUUGAAAUUACAAAGGCUGAAUCAAUGUUACGACAGUGCUUAAAAUGGCGAGACGAAAUCGACAUUGAAAAUCGUCAAAAUCGUGAGAUUCCUGAAUUUGCCAAGUUUUUACCAAACUGCUCUCCUCCAAUUGGAAAAGAUAAAGACGGGACACCAGUAAUGUAUUGUAACUACGAUGGUCAGGAUGUCAAAGGAUUGCUUCAAUGUUGUCAAGUUAAAGACUUGAUUUGGUUGAAUUCGUACUCCGUAGAAAAGGCGGACGUUGCAGUGAAGGCGAUUUCAAAACCAUACAAAGGUGCAACUUUUAUCUUAGAUUACAGGAAUCUCGGGAUGGACAUGUUGUCAAAACCAAAUUUAGAUCUGCAGUAUCAAUUAAACAGUAAUGAUGGAAUUUUCGCAAACUACUACCCUGAAUUUGUAAACAAAAUUAUUCUAAUAAGCAACUCAACAGUGAUGAACAUUCUCUUCAAGUUAUACAAGGCCAUAGCUCCCAAACAUACGUUAUCUAAAAUAGAACUCGUGAAAGAUAUAAAGGAUUUGAAAAGGUUCAUAGACGAAGACCAACUAAUUGGUUAUUAUGGUGGGACUUUGGUAGAUCAAGAUGGCGACCCAAAGUUUAGCAGUAAGAUAACAUAUCCAAGUAAGAUUCCCAAAUCGUAUUAUAUGGCACCAAGUUUCGCCGAUUAUGAGCUAAACUCUGAUUAUACCAAAGUUGAUAUUGAAAGAGGACAAGAAAUCACCAUUGAAAUAGAGGUCAAUACUAUAGGAUUCUCAAUUAUAUGGUUCGUUUUGAGUAAAGAGGGGGAGCUUGAAAUUGGAAUAAAUUUCAAGGGUGAAUCUGGUGAGGUUGAAACUGUGGAGCCCAUGGCUGAGGUGCACUGUCAUUUAUGUCCCGAAUCUGGAAGCAAAAUAUGUAGCAAGGUUGGCAUAUAUACGGUUGUGAUCAAGAACAAUGCAUUGCUGAAAAAGAAGAGAGUGGCUUAUAAUGUCGAUGUCUUAAAAGAGGAUGGACAUGAUGUGAUAUAAAAAUAAAAAACAAUAAGAAAUGUUAUUGUAAAUAUCGUAUAGUAUGAUAUUCUUAAUUAAUAUACAAGAUAUACAUACAAGGGGUGAUCAAUAAGUAAUGGACGCUUUUUACAUACUAGUAGAUGAUUAUUAUUGACCAAUCUCAUCAAUAUACUUAUAUAAUUAUAAUGUAUAAAAUAUAUAUUAGGAUAAAUAUAUUUCUAGCAUUUUCGCCUUCCUAUGAAGAUGUAGAAUUGCAAAUAAG